ACCCGGGGGAGCUCGCACUCCAGCUUGGCGUCCGGUAGGGUUCAGGCGCUCCGAUCCUUUGAUUCAGUUUCUUUUGUUUUUGGUUUGUGGAACCACCGACACUAAGCAGCCAUGGAUGCCAUCAAGAAGAAGAUGCAGAUGCUCAAGCUCGACAAGGAAAAUGCCUUGGACAGAGCUGAGCAGGCUGAGUCAGACAAGAAAGCCGCUGAGGACAGAAGCAAACAGCUUGAGGAUGACCUGGUGGCACUGCAGAAGAAGCUGAAAGCAACUGAGGAUGAGUUGGACAAAUACUCUGAGGCUCUGAAGGAUGCCCAGGAGAAACUGGAGCUCGCUGAGAAGAAAGCCACAGAUGCUGAGGGUGAUGUAGCUUCCUUGAACAGACGUAUCCAGCUGGUUGAGGAGGAGUUGGAUCGUGCUCAGGAGCGUCUGGCCACAGCCCUGACCAAGCUGGAGGAGGCUGAGAAGGCUGCUGAUGAGAGCGAGAGAGGCAUGAAGGUUAUUGAGAACAGGGCGAUGAAGGAUGAGGAGAAGAUGGAGCUGCAGGAGAUCCAGUUGAAGGAAGCCAAACACAUUGCUGAGGAGGCUGACCGCAAAUAUGAGGAGGUGGCCCGUAAGCUGGUGAUCAUUGAGAGCGACCUGGAACGUACAGAGGAGCGUGCAGAGCUGUCUGAGGGCAAGUGCUCAGAGCUUGAGGAGGAGCUGAAGACCGUCCAGAACAACCUGAAGUCCUUGGAGGCUCAGGCUGAGAAGUACUCACAGAAGGAGGACAAGUACGAGGAGGAGAUCAAGGUCCUGACAGACAAGCUGAAGGAGGCUGAAACCCGUGCUGAGUUCGCUGAGAGAUCAGUCGCCAAGCUUGAGAAGACCAUUGAUGAUCUGGAGGAUAAACUCAGAUGUGCUCAACAAGAGAGCUUGCGUGUAAAGCAGAUCCUGGAUCAGACACUAAUGGAGAUGUGUAACCUUUGAUUGAGCUUUGGUGCUCUUCUCAUCUGUUCCUUAUCUUCAAAUAUGACCGCUUCUUUUGUACUGUAUCACCACUGCAAAAACAUGGGACCUUGUGUAUUUAACUUAAGUAAACAAGGGAAAAAAAAUCUCAACACAAGGUAGCAGUAAAGACACUGUAAUAGCAUAGCAGGAAUAUGUAUUGUUUAUAUUCAUAGUUUGGAAUAUUUUGCACCAUAUCAUUGUUAAUAAAGCCAUAUUAUAAGCCAA